AUGAUCUCUCAAAAAAUUGGAGGACAUCUGUUUAACAAAAAGGAUGAGGGAACUUGUUCUGAGGAGGAUGCCAAUUCAUUGUCAGGACAAAGAAUCUUUAUUUCUGUAACAUGGACACCGUUAGAGGAAGGAAAAGUCAGAGAACUGGUAACUUUUAUUAUUAAUGGCAUUGUAAAGCAUCAAGCUGUACUCCUGGGUGUUGCUGAGCAGCCUCUGAAGAAAAAAAAGAGUCUUUGGGAUACUAUAAAAAAGAAAAACUCGUCAGAAACACCUGCUUCAAUGAAAGUGAAAAAAAGUACUUUGAAAGUUAAAAAUGUUAAUAAAACCUUUCAAGUUUCCCAGAAGGUGGAUAGGCUUAGAAGCCCACUGCAGCCAUGUGACAAUCAGAACUCAGUGCAAAAUAGUAUAUCCCCAGGAAAUGACUCUCUCAUUGGCUCAGAAAAUAAAUUGCCUAUAUCUCCUAUUGCACCAAUGCUAGAGGAACAUCAUAAUACUGCUUGCACACCACUAGCAAUGAGAAGAUCUACUACUUUUUCAGAUAUUGCCGCCACUGUAAAUGAGGAGUUAUUGCCUGAAAUAGACAGCUGUAAUGUCAAGAAAUUUCUUAAUGAGCACAGUGAAUUAAAAUCUGAAAGUGAAUACAGUUCUAUUGGAUUAGCACAACUGCCAAGUUCAAACAAUGAAGUAAUUCUUAAUUGUACACUCUCACCAGUUUGCACUCCAGAGCACUCAGCAUCUGUGCCUGUUUUAAGUACAAGGAGAAUUUUAAGUCCAGAUUCUUUUGUAAAUGACAGUUAUCCAGUGGGUAUAGAUAUAAUAGAGCAGGCUGUUCCAAUUCUGUCACCUGAUCAAUUUGUGAAAGACAGCUUGUCAGAUAAGCAAUUAAAGACUCCUAAACUUGAGGCAGCUUUAAUAUCAUCUACUGCAGAGACUUACAUUGUAAAAAAUUUCUUACCUUCAAAAUGGAAAAAUAAUGGAGAUGUAGAGGUAAAACCACAUGGUUGUAUACAACACAAGUUAAAUGAAGUCUUUGAGGUGCAUAAUGUAGAAUCACAGGUACUUCAUUAUGACAAACCCAAAGAAAAUCCCUUCAGUUUUCCUUCUACAGAGGGACUUCAGACUCAAAAUUCUUCUCGGAGAGAGCAAUCAAAAAAGCGUCCGGUCCUUUCUGCCACCAUCAUAAAAAAUAAGCCUGAUGCUGCUGAAGAAAAAAGAAUGGAAACCCUCCACCCAAAAUCUAAAAAAUGCCUUAAUAAAGCAAUAAUGGAAUGUGUUAACGUGGUGCCUGUACGUACAAAAGCAGAACUAUCUAAGCACCUUCCAGUUAUAGGUCCCAUUUCAGCUGAAAAUAAGUGUCAGAAUGACAAAGUGAAUUCAUCUCCUACUGGGUCAACUUCUUUGUGCCGUAAGAGGAAGAGUGAAAUAUAUGUAGAAAACAGUAGAGUUACAGCUCCAGUGUCUGUGGAAGAAGUGGAAAGAAAAAGAACUCUUACAUCUAGCAUGAACAAUAAAACACAUACUACUGUGAGACCAUCAGCCUUCAAACCCACAAACCGAGAGAGAGUAGGGCAGCGAAGGAAAGCUGGUUCUUCACUUCAGAAAGCAUCUAAAACUACCAACAGAAUUAGUAAACCCAUCCCUGGAUUGGCUCAGUCUCACCUGACAUUUGUGAAACCACUGAAAACAGUCAUCCCUAGGCACCCAAUGCCUUUUGCUGCUAAAAACAUGUUUUAUGAUGAACGUUGGAAGGAGAAGCAGCAACGAGGUUUCACCUGGUGGUUAAAUUUUGUACUUACCCCUGAUGACUUCAGUGUAAAAACAAACACCUCACAAGUUAAUGCAGCUGCUCUUAUCUUGGGAGAAGAGAACCAUCAUAAAAGCAGUGUUCCUAAAGCACCAACAAAAGAUGAAGCAUCUCUAAAAGCUUAUACAGCUCAUCGUAAGCUCAAUAAGUUACGACGUGAUGCUUGCCGUUUGUUUACAUCUGAAGCAAUGGUUAAAGCUAUUAAGAAGCUGGAAGUUGAGAUUGAAACUAGACGUUUGCUAGUUCGUAGAGACAGACACCUCUGGAAAGAUGUAGGAGAGAGGCAGAAAGUCCUUAACUGGCUUUUAUCUUACAACCCUUUGUGGCUGCGUAUAGGUCUGGAGACUGUCUAUGGAGAACUGAUAGCUUUGGAGAGUAAUAGUGAUGUUAUGAGUUUAGCAAUAUUUAUCCUUAAUCGCUUGCUUUGGAACCCUGACAUUGCAGCUGAAUACAGACAUCCCACUGUGCCUCACCUUUACCGAGAAGGUCAUGAAGAAGCUUUGUCAAAAUUCACGCUGAAAAAAUUGCUGUUGUUAGUUUGCUUUCUGGAUUGUGCUAAACAGUCCAGAAUGAUUGACCAUGACCCUUGCCUCUUUUGUAAGGAUGCAGAGUUCAAGGCUAGCAAAGACCUUCUGCUUGCAUUUUCUCGGGACUUCCUGAGUGGUGAAGGUGACCUUUCCCGCCAUCUUGCUUUCUUAGGACUACCUGUCAGUCAUAUUCAAACUCCACUUGAUGAAUUUGAUUUUGCUGUAACAAAUCUGGCUGUGGACUUGCAAUGCGGCAUUCGUCUUGUGAGAACAAUGGAACUUCUCACCAAAAACUGGAAUCUUUCAAAGCAGCUGAGAGUUCCUGCAAUAAGUCGUCUACAGAAGAUGCAUAAUGUUGACAUUGCUCUUAAUGUCCUUAAAGAGCGAGGAAUUCACUUGAAAGAUGAAAGUGGUUCUUCAAUUGACUCCAGAGAUAUUGUGGAUAGACACAGAGAACGAACAUUAGCACUCCUGUGGAAAAUUGUCUUUGCUUUCCAGGUGGAUAUUUUUCUUAAUGUGGAACAGUUAAAAGAAGAAAUCGAGUUUUUAAAGAAUGCACACAAGAGGAAGACACAAUUGGGUCCUCUCAAGACUUUUCCAAAUUGUGGUAGAAGACGAGAAGAUAAUAGUAGUAACUCCUCAUGUCAAAGUUACAGUGAAAAUGUGAAGCUGCUGAUGGCAUGGGUUAAUGCUGUUUGUGCAUUUUACAAUAUCAAGGUGGAAAAUUUCACAGUGUGUUUCUCAGAUGGUAGAGUAUUAUGUCAUUUGAUUCAUCAUUAUCAUCCAUGUUACAUGCCUUUGGAAGCUGUGUGCCAACGUACAACUCAAACAGUAGAAUGCUCAAGAACUCAUACAGUGGGACUAAACUCUUCCUCCUCAUCCUCUUCAGAGUCUGAUACUUCUCUAAAUGUUAUGGGAGGAAUGUUUGAUGAAACUCUAACUGCCUCAGUCAUAUACAAGGAACUCUUGGACAAUGAAAGGAGAAACUUCCAGCUGAUCAAUGCUGCAGUUUCAGACCUAGGUGGAAUACCAGCAAUGAUCCAUCACUCGGACAUGUCAAAUACAAUUCCUGAUGAGAAAGUUGUUAUUACCUACCUAUCAUUUUUGUGUUCACGGCUUCUUGAUCUCCGGCAAGAAACUCGAGCUGCACAGUUAAUUCAGUCUGCUUGGAGGAAUUACAGGCUGAAAAGGGAACAGAAACUUACUCAGGAAAGAGACAGAGCUGCUCGGAUAAUUCAGAAAUCUGCAAUAGACUUUUUGUCUCGUCAGCGCAUUCUGAAGAAAGUAAAUGCAGCAGUUUUCAUCCAGAAGCACUGGAGAAGAUACUUAGCCAGGAAGAUUUUUUUAAAUCUGAAAAACACAAAACUGGAGGAAGCCAAAAGUAAAUCUGCCACAGUCAUUCAGGCUUAUUGGAGGAGAUACUCUGCUAGGAAAAGAUAUUUACAGUUAAGACACUAUGUUGUAUUUGUACAAGCAAGAAUAAGGAUGGUGAAGUCUGUUGCUGCAUAUAAACGAAUUGUUUGGGCUACUGUUACAAUUCAGAGUCAUCUGCGUGCAUCUAAGUUGGCAAAAAAAGAUCGACAAAGAUAUGAAGUCUUAAAGUCUUCAGCACUUACUAUUCAGUCUGCGUUCAGAAGAUGGAGGAAAUACAAAAUUCAACAGAAAAUUAAAGCAACUUUAGUGCUUCAGGCUUACUUCCGAAAAUGGCAAUCUUCAAAACUGGCUAAAAGAAAGAGGGCUGCCCUUGUCAUACAGUCUUGGUAUAGGAUGCACAGAGAUCUGAAGCAGUAUCGAUGUAUUAAGGGCAGUGUUAUCAAGAUUCAGGCUUGGUACAGAUGUCAGCUUGCUAGACGUGUUUACCAGGAACACAGGGCAAAAAUAGUGACAAUUCAGCAGUAUUACAGAGCUUAUAAACUAGGAAAAAUUGAAAGAGAGUACUAUUUGCGAAAGCAUGCAGCAGUGAUAGUUCUCCAGGCUGCUUUUAGAGGCAUGAAGGCACGUGAACUACACAGAAAAACAAAAGCAGUUUGUGUUGUUCAAUCACUGUGGAGAAUGAAAAAAGAGAAACUAAGAUAUCUACAGUUAAAAAAAUCUGUUAUUGCAUUACAGUCUCAUGUGAGAAGAUAUCAACAACAAAAAAGAUACAAAGAGAUUAAAAAUGCUGCUUCUGUAAUUCAGACUUUAUAUAGGGCACAUGUCGCUUCUAAAAAAGCAGCUGCUUCUUUCCAGAGGAUGCGUCUGGCUGCUAUUGUCCUUCAGUCUGCCUACAGAGGAAUGGAAGCCAGGAAGAAGGCUCUCAUAUUGAGAUCUGUGAUAAAAAUUCAGUCAAGUUACCGUGCUUAUAUUGUCCGGAAGAGAUUUAAAAACUUGAAGGAUGCAACAGUGAAGAUUCAAUCUUUUGUAAAGAUGAAGCAAGCACAUAAGCAUUAUUGUGCAUUAAAGGAGGCAACACUUUAUGUCCAGAGAAGGUAUCGGUCUCACAGAUCUGCUUUUCAACUUAAAGAAGAUUAUAGAAAGUUGAAGGAAGCUUGCAUAAGAAUUCAAGCUGUAGUUCGAGGCUAUCUUAUCAGGAAACAAAUACAAAGGUGGAGAGAGAUGGCAGUAUUUCUCCAGGCACGCUACAGAAUGAGAAGGGACAGAAAACGUUAUUUAAUCAUCUAUAGUGCUGCCAUUGUCAUUCAAAAACAUUAUCGUGCAUACAAAAAUCAACUGUGUCAGAGGCAGGAGUUCUUGCAAGUUAGAAAAGCAGCCGUGUGCUUACAGGCAGCCUACAGGGGUUAUAAAGCACGUAAAAAACUUAAACUUGAAUAUAGAGCUGCUGUUAAAAUUCAGACUGCUUUUAGAGCUCAUGCUGCAAGAAUGAAAUAUAAGGCAAUGUUUCAGGCCUCCAUUGUGAUUCAGAGGUGGUACAGAACUUAUAAGACUGGUAACAGGCAAAGACUGAACUACUUAAUGACAAGAGCGGCAGUGCUUUCUUUACAAGCAGCUUUUCGUGGCUGGAAGGUACGAAAGCAGAUUCGAAGACAAUGUGUUGCUGCUACUAAGAUACAGUCUGCCUUCAGAAAAUUCAUAGCUCUGAAAAAAUUCAGACUUAUGAACUGCGCUGUGCUAACUAUCCAAAAACAUUACAGAGCUAGUGUUAUAGGCCAGAAACAACGGCAAGAAUAUAUUCAGCUGCGUAACUCUGUAGUGUGUCUUCAGGCAAUAUGGAGGGGGAAAACUGUGAGAAAAACAAUUAGAAAGAAACAUGAUCUUGCAACAAUUAUUCAGUCCUAUUACAGAAUGCAUGUACAUCAACUAAAAUAUAAGAAACUAAGACAAGCCACUCUAGUGAUUCAGAAAUGCUUCAGAGCAUAUUUUAUGAAAAAAAAACAACGUGCAAUUUAUCUAAAGACUAAGGCAGCUGUGUUAGUCUUGCAGUCUGCUUACCGUGGGAUGACUGUGAGGAAACAGUUGAACAAACUAAACAAAGCUGCUACAACAAUACAAGCUGCCUUCAAAUCUUACCUGGCCAAAAAAGACUAUAAAAGACUUAGAUCUGCAGUGAUAGUAGUUCAAAGGCAUUAUCGUGCAAUUGUUCAUGCUAGAUGUCAAAACCAGAAAUAUUUGUCUUUAAAACAAGCCACAGUCAAAGUGCAGGCAAUUUAUAGAGGUGUACGAGUUAGACGGCAAGUUCACUGUAUGCAUCAAGCAGCUAUUUGUAUCCAAGCCACGUUUAAGAUGCAUUGCAUGAACAUAAAAUAUCAGGCAAUGAGAAUGGCAGCAAUUAUAAUUCAAAGACAAUAUAGAGCCUUCUGUUUAGGCAAAGUACAACGUAAAAAGUACUUGGAACUGAAGAAGUCUACUGUCAUCCUUCAGGCUGCUUGUAGAGGCAUGAAGGUCCGACAGGACUUAAAAACUAUGCAUCAGUCAGCAGCAGUGAUACAGUCUUAUUAUCGAAUGCACAAACAACAAAGGGAUUUCAGAAAACUGUUGUUUGCAACUAGGCGGAUUCAGCUGUGGUACCGUGCUUGUAAGGAACGAAAUACACAAGUUCACAACUAUAUAAUUAUGAAAAGCGCUGCACUUCGAAUUCAGGCUGCAUUCCGUGGUAUGAAAACAAGACGACUUAUAAGAACUAUGAGUGAAUCAGCUGAGCUUAUUCAAAGAAGAUUUAGAACCUUUCUCAGAAGAAAACAUUUUCUUUCCAUUAAGACAGCUGCUACUGUAAUUCAGAGAAAAUACAGAGCAACAAAACUAGCAAAAAUUCAACGAAAGAAAUAUCUGACAAUAAAGAAUUCUGCUCUUGUUAUACAAGCAUCAUAUAGAGGCAUGAAGGAACGACAGAGACUGAAAAUCAUGCAUGUUUCAGCAAUUGUAAUACAGUCUAGUUAUCACAUGUACGUACAACGUAGAUAUUACAAACAGUUGUGCUGGGCUGUCAGAGUUACACAGCAAAGGUUCAGAGCCAAAAUGGUGAAAGAAGCUGACAUGGAAAACUAUGCAAAAAUAAAAAAGGCUGUCAUUUGCCUUCAAUCCUCUUUUCGUGCUAAAAAAGCUAGGCAGCUGUAUAAAACCAAUGUUGCUGCACGGUGCAUACAGUCAUUCUUACGGAUGCGAGUAGAGAGGAGGCGUUUUCUUGCAAAGAAAGCAGCAGCAAUAAAGAUCCAGUCUAUGUUCCGAUGCCAAAGAACACGGAUGCGCUAUAAAUUGAUUCAGAGUUCAGCAGUUGCUAUUCAGAGGUGGUACAGAGCAUGUCGCAAGGCUCGUUUACAGAAAGCACAGUAUUCUGCUCAAAGACAAGCAACAGUAAUUAUUCAGUCUGCCUUCCGUGGUAUGAAAGCAAGAAAAAUAGCAAGACAAAUACAAGCUGCAAGCAAGAUUCAGUCUUUUCUUCAGAUGGCUGUACAGCGUAGAAAAUUUAUUCAACUUAGAACAGCAGCUAUUACAUUACAAGCCUAUUACUUAAUGCAUAAAACUAAAUCACAGUAUACAAGCUAUAAAAAAGCAGCAAUUGUCUUACAACGAUGCUACCGAUCCCACUUGACUGUGAAAUACCAAAGAAUGACUUACUUACAGACCCGAAGGAACAUUAUCAUUGUGCAGGCUAGAAUCAGAGGAUUCCUUGAAAAGAAGAGGUUUCACAGAAUUAAAGAAAGCACAAUAAAAAUUCAGGCUUUUUUCCGUGGAUUUAUUCAGAGACAGAAAUACCUUCAGUGCAAGUUUUCUGCUGUAUUAAUACAGCAGCACUACAGAGCCCAUCAGAUGCGAAAUAUUGAACAGCAAAGAUACCAUCAAAUGAAAAGAGCUGCCAUUAGAAUUCAGACAUCAUACAGAGGAUACAAAGCCAGGCAGCGGGUUAACAGAAUCAGAGCAGCACAAGUAAUUCAAGCCUGGUUUCGAGGCUGCAGAGCACGAAAGGAGUAUGCAUCUAUGUUAAAAGCUAUACGUGUUAUUCAGAGUCACUUCAAAACAAAACAGCAGCGGACCCGGUUUUUGAAAAUGAAGUUCUGUGCAAUUACCAUUCAGAGAAGAUGGAGAGCAACCCUUACUGCACGAAUGAUUCAACAUCAGUUUCUGGCAACUAAGAAUGCUGCAGUUAAGAUUCAGUUGGCAUAUAGACAGUACAGGGCUACUAGACUUUUAAAAAAGAAGCUUAAAGCUGCAUGUUUGAUCCAAAAAGCAUACAGAGGUUUCAAGGCAAGAAGGAAAUUUCUUCAACAAAAAACUGCUGCUGUAAUUAUCCAGAAACAUCUGAGGGCUUGGCAGGAAGGCAGGCUUAAAUUUAUGAAAUACAACAAAACUAGAAGAGCUAUCAUUAAACUACAAGCAUUUAUAAGGGGUUAUUUAGUCAGAAAAAAGAUUUCAGAACAGAAACAAAAGAAGAGACUACUUUAUUUUACAGCAGCUGCAUAUCAUCAUAUCUCUGCAAUUAAAAUUCAAAGAGUGUAUAGGAUUCACCGCAUCUUAAAACUUGCACAAAACCACAUCUCCUCUGUUCUUAUAAUACAGAGAUGGUUCCGAGCAAAAAUGCAACAAAAAAGAUUUCGAGGAGAUUAUCAAAGAAUCAUCCAAUUACAACGUGUGAUUCGAAGCUGGCUAAAUCACAGAAAUGAUGCAGCAGCCAUAAUUCAGCGAAAUGUACGAAGAUUCCUUGCCUGCACACGUAGGAGAAAAUUUGCAUUUGGAAUAAUUAAAUUUCAGGCACUGUGGAGAGGAUAUUCUUGGAGAAAGAAUAAUGACACAGCAAAAACUAAAGCUUUAAGACGUAGUUUAGAAAAGGCUAAUGAAAAGAGCAAAGAAGAAAACAAAUUGUGCAACAGAACUGCAAUUGCUAUUGAAUAUCUUCUAAAAUAUAAACAUCUCUCUUACAUUCUUGCAGCAUUAAAGCAUCUUGAGGUGGCUACCAGACUGUCCCCGCUCUGUUGUGAAAAUAUGGCCCAGAGCAGAGCAAUCUUCACUAUUUUUGUUCUGAUCCGAAGUUGUAACCGUAGUGUUCCAUGCAUGGAUGUUAUCAGAUAUUCAGUUCAGGUUCUACUUAACGUUUCAAAGUAUGAAAGAACUACUCAAGCAGUUUAUGAAGUAGAAAAUUCUAUAGAUACAUUACUAGACCUGCUACAAAUGUAUAGAGGGAAAGCUGGGGACAAAAUUUCAGAGAAAGGAGGAAGUAUUUUCACAAAGACCUGUUGUCUGUUGGCCAUCCUUUCAAAGGACUCAAAAAGAGCUUUGGAAAUCCGAAGCCUACCAAGAGCUGUUAAUUGCAUUCAGAGCCUAUAUAAACUUACAGCUCAUAAACACAAAAUGGAUGCAGAGAGAAUACUUGUGAAGCAGAAAACAAGCACUUUCUUAAGUAGAACUUCCUUUGUUCCAGUAACUCCUUUAAGAAUAAAAACAGUUUCAAGAAUUAAACCAGACUGGGUUUUGAGGAAAGAUAACAUGCAAGAAAUUGUGGAUCCUCUGCAAGCAAUUCUGAUGGUGAUGGAUACACUUGGCAUUGCCUGCUACUGAAAUGUAAAUGUAUUUGUACAGCAUGUAUGUAGUAGACAGCUAAAUGAUUUGGAAAGAAAGAAAAUGUGUCAAGCUACUCUUGAAAAUAUUUUUUUCAAAUUGCAGUUUAACAUUUCUGUAACAUUUUUGUAUUGUAUACAGCUUUUGAAAUCCUAUUUUGUGCUACUAGCAAAAGCAAUUGUACAAUAAAAUCAUAAGCCCUGGAAAUUUCA